AUUGGAUGAGAAAUGUACGUUCAGAUUGUGGCGGACCAUUUUGCUCUUCACCUUCCCCAUUUCCCCACUCGAGGGAGGCGGCGGCCGGCGAUCUCCCGGCCUCCGGCGAACCCAGCCGCCGCCCGCCAGAUCUUGCGGCUCCAGCCGACCAUACGGACCAGAUGGUGGCCGCCGCGGCGUCCGUGUACCGGCGCGUGCUGAAGGCGGUGCGGAGGCACGUGGGUGGAGGCGCCUCCAGGAAGCACUUCCGCGAGUUCGUCGCCUCCGAGUUCCGCCGCCCCACGGGCACGGAGGCCGACGCCGGAGCGAGGCUGCGGCUCGCCGGGGAUUACGCCUACCUCCUCACCAGCGUCCACAGCCACAAGGACCUGCUUUUCUCGUAUAAUAUAGCUGUGGACCGGUCAGAAGAGAUGAAGAAGAUAUUGAACAAAUCUGCUGCUAGUGUAGGCCUUCAGCUUCCAGAUGUCUAUCAGCCGUGAGGGUUUCUUUUAUGCAAAAAUGUGCAACCUUUUGUACCUUUUUUUUUUGCAUAUUUACUUUCCAUAAAACUUUGCCUUCAAGUUCCAAGUUUCAGUUAGUCUGGAAAGUUUAGAUUGUAAUCUUCAAGAGGUUGUACUCUUUUCCCAAUAAUGAGCAAUGAAAUUGUCAUUUAAUGAUUGACAUUAUUCUGGUCCUGUACA